AUGGAUAAAGUGUCUUCUGAUUGUCCAUACCCAGGAUGCUUCUUUUGUGUCAUGAAGGAAGGGAAUCCAAGCAAGCGAAGAGCAAGCAUUCUGAAAUUCUUUAGAGAGCUUCCUGCACAGGAUGACGAUGGACAAGUUCUCCCUAUCAGUGGCCUUUGGAACACUGCCAUGGCACAUCCAAAUGAUCCUGAGUUCAUCGAGCUUGGCAUCUUUGAAUGUAUGGCUGCACUAAUAUGGAAGGGUCUAAAGAAUCGUCGCUGGCUUUCUCAUGACCAGAAUAUAUACAUUCCUUAUUAUGCAGCCCAUAUUAUUGGGUCAUACACCAUGAACAUGGAAGAAUUUGCAGAAAGUGCUGUGCAUGCUGGGGUAAUCCCUCCCUUAGUUGAACUUUUGAGAGGAAGGUUAACUUGGGUUGAACAGAGAGUUGCAGUUCGAGCUUUAGGGCACUUGGCUACCUAUGCCAGCACUUUUCCUGCUGUAGCAAGUCAUGGUGAAAUACUUGAGCUUUCCAUUCAACUAGCAAUGAGCUCACUAGAAAUCGUUUAUUCUCAUUUUUACCAGUAUGUUGACAGAAGGUUAAGCUAUCAUUGUGAUCUGCUCACCCGCGGUAUGGGAGGUGUUGAAAUGGAAUCCAGAAAGGCAGAAGAAUGGGCAAGUCAGUUACAAUGCUGGUCCCUCCAGCUUAUUAACUGCUUUGCCUUUAAACCAGAGUUUCUUCCUACCAUAUGCAAGCCUGAAUUCUUAACAAAACUACCUGGCAUGUGGGGUGGGCUUGUUAAUGAAAACUCACCAGCUGGUAUUGGUUUAUUAAGAACAAUCUGCCAUCAUAAGUUGGGUAGAGGACCUGUUGCUAGCUGUCCUGGUAUUAUCGAAUCAUUGUGUAAUAUUGCUCGGUCAUCAGAUGAUUGGCAGUAUAUGACUAUUGAUUGUCUUCUUUGGUUGCUUCAAGACCCUAGUACAUGUCAUAAGGUGAUUGAUAAGGCUGUACCUGCACUUGUUGACCUUGCGGAGAUUACAACUCUGGGUGAUCACAAGAAGCUUGGAGAUUCCAUUGUUAAUGUUCUUGAGGAAUGUGUCCAGUCACAAGGGACAGGACGCAACUCUUUCAGUAACAGAACGAAGGAAUUGAUUGAGGAACUGUUGAAUUCCAGACAGAGAUUGAAAUGGGAAAAGAAUAUGCCUAAAGAGGAUCUCCAUAUUAAACAGGCAGCAGCUCUAGUGGUCAAGCUCGAAGGAAAUUCAUUAUUUUCAUCAGGAAAUAUAUCUGGAGCUGCAUCAAAGUACUCAGAAGCGUUGGCAUUGUGUCCAAUGAGAUCAAAAAAGGAGAGAGUCGUUCUUUACAGUAAUCGAGCACAGUGUCAUCUUCUGUUGCAACAGCCCUUGGCAGCUAUUAGUGAUGCUACUCGUGCACUUUGUCUUCACAACCCACUGAACCGUCAUGCCAAAAGUCUUUGGAGAAGAGCACAGGCUUAUGACAUGCUUGGGCUUGCAAAAGAGAGUUUGUUAGAUGCCAUUCUGUUCAUAAACGAGUGCUCUCAGUCAAAUGAUCCUGAUCUCUCAUUGAGGCAAAAUAAAGUUCCUGACUAUGCGGAACGAUUGGUUAAAAGCAGAUGCGUGCAGCUUGGUUAUUUAGAGAGGCAGCUAUCAAACAUGGGGGUGUCCACUGUGAGGGUGAUGCUGGUGACAUCUAUGGCCGAGAGACCGAUGAUUCCGAAUGGGAGACAGCAAGUGAGAGCGAUAUAG